GACGUAUUGUGAUUAUAUAAACCAAGCAGUGACCAUACAAAAAAAUCAGAGAACGGAACCACAACAUGCUCUGCUCUCUGCACUCAUUAUCUUAUUUCCCAGCUCCCUCUACAAGAGCCCUUAAAUCCUCUCCUAUAAUAAACCCUUCUAGGGUUUGUAAAGUCCUGACAGCUCGCUGUUGUUCUAGUUCCAGCAGCAACAAAAACCAAGAACCUGUUACCAACUUCGGCGGCGCCCAAUUGGAAGAAACAGUCGAUUUAAAAGAAGCAGGCAAACUCAGACUCGACUCGUGGAUUUCAUCUCGCAUUGUUGGAAUCAGCAGAGCUCGCGUUCAAUCAAGUAUUCGCUCUGGCCGCGUCAGUGUUAACGGACGAGUUGUUAACAAGGCGUCGCAUAGUGUGAAAGAUGGGGAUAAGGUGAAUUGCACGAUUUCGGAAUUGGAACCUUUAAGGGCUGUACCUGAAGAUAUACCUUUGGAUAUAGUUUAUGAAGACGAUCAUGUACUAGUUGUUAACAAGCCUUCUCACAUGGUUGUUCAUCCAGCACCAGGCAAUGCCACUGGCACCCUUGUCAAUGGCAUUCUUCAUCAUUGCAGUCUUCCUACUGUUGCAUUUGAAAACCAGGAAGGUCUAUCAGAUGCUGAGGAUAUUUCUGAUGAUGAAGAGUUAGCUUUGAGCAUAAGUGCAGCAUCAUCUGUUCGACCUGGGAUUGUGCACAGGUUGGACAAAGGCACCAGUGGGUUGAUUGUUGUUGCAAAGGAUGAACAUUCUCAUGCCCAUCUAGCGGAACAGUUCAAGCUGCACAGUAUCCAGAGAGUGUACAUCAGUCUUACUUGUGGAGUGCCUUCCCCAUCUUCUGGACGCGUUGAGGUUCCAAUUGGUCGUGAUUCAAACAACCGGAUUCGCAUGACUGCUAUACCUGGACCAAUCAAACAUGGACAGGCUCGUCAUGCUGCUAGUAGGUACAAGGUAAUUGAAACUCUUGCUGGUGGUGCUUGUGCACUGGUGGAGUGGAGAUUAGAAACUGGACGCACUCAUCAGAUCCGUGCACAUGCAAAGUACAUGGGAAUUCCUCUAUUGGGCGAUGAAGUGUAUGGAGGGACCAAGAACAUGGCCAUGUCACUGCUUCGGCCCAGAACUUCACCUAGCUGUCAUGGUGAACUCUUGAAGUUGGUGUCUGGAUUAGAGAGGCCUUGUCUCCAUGCUUUUGCUCUGGGGUUCACACAUCCACACACACUGGACAAUAUACACUUUUCACGCCCACCACCUCCUGAUUUUGCUGAGGUUUUGAAUCAACUGCGGGAAAUUGGCACCGAAAAGCCUACAAAUUGGAAAUUAGAAAGAAAGCACAUGGUGUAAGAACCCAAGACACUGCAUUGACCUACGGAAGUGGCUGACACAGCAUGUUUGGGUCUGAAGUACACUUCUAGCUUGAUCAUUUCUAGAUACUCCUGAACAAAAGCUUGUCACCAGUGCUGCAGAUGAUCAUAGUCGUGCUUUGAUUCUCUUAAAUGGAAGCAAGCUUGUGCCCAUAUUGUCCCAGAAUUUAAAGCACCAUUCAUGGAUUUACAUAUUCGCAAACAAAGAUGACUUUGAUUUCAUGUCAGAAAAGAAAGCGCAAUGCUUCAAUAUCAUUUUUUCUAUUUACUGAUCAACAUGACUUUCUUAUUAAGAAGGUGGGCAUUGCCCUGAUAACUUUGUUACAA